CGUUCGAAUUCGAAUCAGGUCGUGAGCUUAAAUUUCGUUGGACUGCUUGGGGGUGGGGUCCUCCACACGAAAUUAUGGCUGGUCGACAGGAAGCAUUUCUACGUCGGUUCGGCGAACAUGGAUUGGCGGGCGCUCUCGCAGGUCAAAGAGUUCGGAUUAGUCGGCUUGAAUUGCAGUUGUCUCGCGAACGAUUAUGCUAAAAUCUUCGACGCUUAUUGGAUGGUGGGCGAGAAUGGGAAAAUACCGGAAACCUGGCCAGACUCGUUCCAGACAAAAAUCAACUCCACGAAUCCGAUGAACUUCGCGUUCAUGGACAAUAAAUACAAAACAUUCGUCGCAAGUUCGCCUCCGCCAUUUUCGCCAAAGGGCAGAACUAACGACGUAGAUGGGAUCCUUUAUUGCAUCGAAAGGGCAGAGAAGUUCGUUUACGUCGCGCUUAUGGACUAUUUCCCAUUGACUAUAUACUCGCCGAAAAUCAAGUAUGUGCUCAGACAACUUUCUCUCAGUGGUUCCAUAAAAUUAGCUAUUCGUCGUUUUGCGGAUGACGUCGUUUAUCCUUUAUUCCAAUGAGCAGCCUUGCUCGACGAUGAGUUAUAAUCCGACAGGAAGUUUACACGUGUAUCGAUUUUUCGAAACGAAGGAAUAUUUUCUAUACCAGAGAAUCGUCUGAACGACCUU